AUGUCUGUCCAGCAAUACAACACAUGUGUCAGCAUAUUGUUUGUCCCAUCCAAUCUUGUACUUAGCAAGAUUCGAUGGCCGGCUGUGUGGAUCUGCAGCGCGGUUGCUGCCUGGGGCGCAGUCUCUGCUACCACAGCUGCGGUAUCAUCGUUCGGCGGCCUUCUAGCCUGCAGAUUCAUGCUGGGAUCCGUCGAGAGUGUCUUCUUUCCAGGAGCGUUCUUCUACCUGUCCAUGUUCUAUAACAGAAAGCAAAGUAAGUUGACCCCCUAUGCCCUGGAACCUUUAUAUGUCGCUGAGCAUUACANNGUUGCUCUUCGUACUGCCAUCCUCUAUUCCGGCUCUCAGCUCGGCAACGCAUUCGGCACACUGCUGGCCAUCGGUAUCUUGAAACUUGAUGGCCACCAUGGUCUGCAGGGCUGGCGGUGGCUCUUCUUGAUAGAAGGAGUGCUCACCAUAGGUAUUGCACUCGUGAAGAUCUGGACUUUCUCGCAACAGCAACUAGACUUUCUCAAGUGGAAUUUUGAACGUGACCAGAAACAACAAGAUGAGUCCGACGAGGUCACAGCACUGCAAGGUUUCUUGCUUGCAGUGAGAGAUCCGAGGACAUGGCUCAUGUGCAGUACCCUAUAUGCCACAUACACGGCCGCUGCAGUGAACAACUUCUUUCCGACGGUCGUCGGUGGUUUAGGCUUUGGCAGGAACCUAACCUACGUAUUGACGGCACCGCCGUUCAUCCUCUGCGUGGCUGCCAUGCUAUGUAACGGCUUCCAUAGCGACAAGGUCAUCCUUGCAAACAUCAUCGCUGUUAGCACACUCAACGUUGGCGCUCGCUACUUCGCCAUGUGUCUACUACCAUUGAGUUUCUACUCCUCCGCCAUCUGCCAGCUCUCCUGGAUUUCAGGCUCGCUCUCGCAGCCAGCAGUCAAGCGUGCAGCUUCAAUUGCCAUUAUAAACGCGAUAUGUAAUACUCCGAACAUCUGGACCUCUUAUUUGUACUACGACUCUCCUCGAUAUGUGGCUGCUUUCUCGGUAAACUUGGGUGCUGCAGUGAUAGCGUUUGUGAGCGCUACCGCGACGUACUUCUAUCUGAGGAGGCAAAAUCAGAUGAUGGACCAAGCGAAGCCUCUGGGAAGAUCUGGACCUACGCCAGUGCAGCAGGCGAAUGGGUUCAGGUACAUGUUGUGA